GAAAGCUCGUAUAUAACUGACUGAGGAUAUUGAAUUGGUAUCAUGAUAGACUUUACAAUUCAUCACUGUCUCCUUCUGACUAACUGCCAUACUACUAUCUGCCAUCACGCUACUGGCUUUGAAAUCUUAUUUCACACUCAGCCUCUCCAUCUCUACCCACUCUUCCUUUUUUUUCUGACCGCCUCUAUCAACUCUUCAGCUAUUCUGCUGUAUGACCUUCGUCCUUUAACGUGCUUUGCUGUUUAUUUGCACGCCUUGAAGUCUCUAGGUCCGAUUCAAGCUUUUACCGUUUUGAAGUUAUGUCCCUUCGAUCUGCAUCGGAGGGCACUGAUGAAUUGUCAAUUGACCAGUCCGCCACAUCUCUUCUGCAAGGGUCUUCGGAAAAUGAAGCACAAUUUUCUUCAAACAAACAUCCAUAUAUAAGACGUGCCCUUGGCACCGUUGCCCUAUUGUGUCUCUUUCCUAUCUCAGUUGUCGUCAUCUACGGCAUAUUCCAGUACCAGGGUAAACAACUAGUACCCAAGUCUCGAACAUUCACCUGCGGCAAUACAACUGUUGAUGCACAGCAAAAUAACUGCGUUUAUGAUCCUUUGGCUGUCAGUUGGGUUCCUCGGCAAUGUCUUGACUCUAAAUCUCUCCAAGAGUAUAACGACCACGGCCCAUGGGAAUAUUUCCAGAACAAGAAUAGGUCCGGAAAAAUAGACCCAUUAGACCUUGGCUUCGAAAUGUACUAUACAACUAUUCGAGAGCACGUCGUACAUUGUGCUAUAGUCUGGCAACGUUUGCAUAGGUUCACUACUGGUUCUCACAAAAAUCUCGUGUUUACAUCCUCGUUAAGUGAGUCAAAGUUGGAGCAUACAGAACACUGCUCGCGUAUGUUGAUUAAAUGGGUUGACAACUUCAACGCUACUAAGCUUCACGAGCUAGGAACUCGAAAUAACCCUGGCUUUCAAACAUGUUCGAUUGUGGAGAAAUGACCAUCCAAUAGUGCAGUAAGCCUGAAUCCAUAUACAUUACGUGUUGAUUAUCAGAUUUAAGGUUGAGUAAGGGUAGAUGUGUCACAGCACAGGGUUUGAUCCGUGGUUACAGUAUUAGAUUGUAGUCGUAUUUUCCAGUAGGCUUCCAUCAAAAUCUGUCAUAUCAAAGUUCUGAAAUAUUAUAAAUGAAUGUCA